AUGACGGUUUCUUUGCAAUCUACGGAUGGAGGCUAUGGUAUCUUCAAGGAGCCGUUAGAAAAAGCAUUUGUCCAUGAUGAAGGGCUUCCGACACGGCAAGAUUUGCUACAGGCUCUCCAAGCUGAGAAGCCAUCGCCAUGGUCACCAAACCUGAGAAAGCUCUACGUUUUCUGUGUGAUAGCCUUUCUAUGCUCAACAAUGAAUGGCUAUGAUGGAUCUAUCUUUGGUUCUCUUCCAGCCCUAGAAUCCUUCAGGGGCCAAUUCGGAGUUGAAAAGAAUGGAGCAAAAAUCGGUUACAUUUCAGCAAUGUACACUGUUGGCGCAAUCUGCUCAUUGCCAUUCAGUGGACCGGCCUGUGAUAUCCGGGGCAGGAAAUGGGGCACCUUCAUAGGAUGUAUAAUCGUUGUUGCUUCCACUUUCGUGUCAGCACUCUCUCGCGGCGUGCCUCAAUUCGUCGCUGGGCGGUUCUUUCUCGGAUUUGGUGUGAACAUAAUGAGAUCUACCAGUUCUAUCUGGUGUGCUGAAGUUUGCCCGCCUGCCUACCGUGGAAUAAUAAUGGCUUUCUACAACUGCACCUACGCCGUUGGAUCACUAAUUGCUGCUGGCGUUACAAGAGGAUCAGCCGCCUACGACGGUAACAAGUCCUGGCAAAUCCCACUAUGGUGUCAGAUGAUUUGCCCAGGAAUUGUGCUUCUCACAGUAUUAUUUUUCCCCGAGUCUCCUCGAUGGCUUUUCGCACACAGCCAGGAAGAAAAAGCUCUAGAAUUCUUGGCAAAAUACCACGGCGAAGGAAACCCUGAUCAUCCUCUAGUACAACUCCAGCUUCAGGAAUACAGAGAAUUUAUUUCUCUUUCUGGAUCUGAUAAGCGCUGGUGGGACUUUAGUGACUUUUACAAAACAAAAGCAGGAAGAUGGAGAUUCAUUAAUGCACUUGUCACCGGAAUAUGGGGGCAAUGCUCGGGCAACGCCGUUGUCACUUACUACCUCCCCGCCAUGCUUCUUACGACUGGAAUCACCGCAGAUGAACAAGUGCUUAAUGUCAAUCUUGGGUAUACCAUUGUUUCGACCGUCGCUUCAUACUUGGGGGCUAGUCAGAUCCAAAGAAUGGGCCGCCGGCCAACUAUCAUAUGGACAGCUGUGGCUUGUUCGAUAUGCUUUGCCUGCAUCACGAUUGGCUCUGGAUUAUAUGCUCAUACAAAUGCCCCAUCGGCCGCCUCUGCUGGUAUCGCCUUCAUUUUCAUCUUCGGAUUCUGCUAUAAUGCAGGUAUGACUCCUCUUCAAGCGCUUUAUCCUGUGGAGGCUCUUUCCUAUGAAACUCGAGGGAAGGGAGUUGGUUUAACGUUCUCAAUUGCCCACGGAUUCACUCUGCUCAACCAGUUUUGUUUUCCUGUAGCUUUGAAGAGAAUUGGGUGGUAUACCUAUAUUGUUUUCAUUGUCUGGGACUUGUUUGAAGCAACGGUCAGUUAUUUUGUGUCUGUUGAGACCAAGAAUCACACCCUUGAAGAAUUGUCGGAAAUUUUCGAGAGUCCGAACCCAGUGAAAGCUUCUUUGAGAAAACCAAUUUGA